ACCGUAAGAAUAUUGACAUCUAUUAAACCUACUUCAGAGAUUUAGAUGCUGCUAUAGUUGUGGUAGACCUCACAGAAAUGAACAGCAUUGAGAUGGCCCCUGUUUGGAAACAGACUGUCCUUAACAACACGUUUGUUACCUGCCCAGUCAAAGAGGCCACCCACGGGGGCCAGGUGAAAACAAUGACAAUGGAGGAACGCCCGGUUGAUAGAGAGACAUUUCCUGUUCUCCUGAUGGGAAAUAAAUUUGAUGUGAUUGAACAAAGAGUUCAGGCAGAGAGAUUGAAGAAAUAUGCACAGGAGAGUCAAACAGAAGGAGAAGACAAAAGGGUGUGGUCAUUGGGUGAACCCCUGACAGAGGAAGAAAAACCCGAGAGUAUAAAACUGUUAGAGAAGAUAGCAGUGGAUCACAGUUUCCAUGCCAGUGUGAUGGUGUCAGCCCGAGACGGAGAUGGAUCGGUAAGAGAAGCCAUGCAGAAUCUAGUGAGACAUGUACUAGAACACAAAUACUCCAUGAAAAAAUACCGCAAUAAGGAGGACUCAAAGAAACACAAGGAUAAGAAACGGAAAGAAAUAGAAGGACUGGAUAAAACGGGGAUCAAAUUAUUUGACACUGAAUUCAUAACUGCCAGCACAUCUGUGAAGAAGAUAAUGACUUUAAGGGAGUUUUAUAAUAAGUCAUUAACAAAGUUUAAGGAUGGAUGUCAAUUGGCACAAAUUGUGGAGAAAGGAGAAAAUAGUCUGGAAGAUUGCAUCACGGCACUGAAAGAAAAUAUAGGAGAGGGAGCAAAACUGAAGGUUAAAAGAGAUGAAGAAUUCUGUAAAUUAGAAAUUGAUUCCAAAAUAGAAGAUUUCAAACCAGCAAAGAAAAUUAGAAUAUUGCUCAAUAUCUUCCACACAGAGUAUGCUAGUGUAUGUAAAACCAUACAGAAAGAGUGCCCCCUACUGGACAAGAAGCUUCAGCAGCAGGAUGAGGCUAUAGACUCCAUGUGCAAGGAAUGCUGGGAGGAAGUUGCUAUGGUAGAGGGACAGCCUCGCAGUAAAGAGGAAAUAAAAAACAUCACAGAAGUCAUUGAGACCAACAGGGCUAAGAUGCAGCAUGCUUGUUUGGAGGCCAGAGCUGCAAUAACUGUGGUGGAAGACGCCAUGAUGAAAAUCAAGACAGCAUUUUUAUGGUGAAUGAAGCAGGCCUUUGUACUAGGCUCUUCCUUCUUUAAUUUUUUAUGUGUAAAGUUUUAUUUCUUCUUAUUCAUUUUUUGACUGCAAAGGGAUCUUAAUUUAGUUAUAUCCUUUUGUACCACAUUUGGAAAUUACCUUAAUUUAAAUUAUUUUACAUAACAUAAAUAUGUUGGAUAUAAAAAAAUGCAUUAAUAAUGAUCAAUUUUUAUAGGUUAUACAUGUAUACAUGCAUGUACCAUUGUAUACAUUGAACCUAUUAAUACAUGUUUAAUAGUAAUUAAGCUAACAUGGUGCAUUUCUGAUUUUUAGCUCCCAAAAUAGCAGAUGUUUUGUUCAUCUGUUUGUUUGUUUGUUUUUUAUGUAAUAAUUUUAUUCCUUAACGUCUGUAAAACAUGAUUUUAAUGGACUUAUUUUACUUACUGCUUCACUCACAAUAUCCCUUAUGUAUUAUAAUACAUCUCCAACGAACUGUAUUUUUGGGAUGAGUCUUGGAAUCUGUUAGCAAAUAUCUAUUAUAAGUCUUCAGAAUAUAUUUUUCUAGAUGUUUAUUUUGUUAUAAACUGUUUAUUUGAAGAAAAAAGUUUAUAUAUAAAUUAUAUUUGAAUUGUUCUGUUAAAGUAUUAAACUUUUAUCUGUUUUCAUUCUGUGAUAUAUAGGUACAAGCACUUGAUGUGAUAUAUAUUUCUUAUCAUAAGCUAGAGGAACAUAAAAACAUAAUGGCAAGUACAAGUACCUAUGUGUAAAGGUGAUACAUGUACAUGUAUUGUUGCACAAAAUGUAAACACAGCGAAUUUUAAGUUUUAAUGGAUAUAAUAUUUAUUUAUUUUCAAAAUGUUAUGAUUUUUGAGGUGAUCUAUCCAGGAUUCCUUUAAAUUAGAAUUGACAAUCAUACCACUGUUUUCUUUUGAUAUAUAUUUUUUUAGUCAAACCUUAAUUAAAUAUAUAUCACUCCUGUUCAAUAAUCCAGAAUGAAAAAAAAUCAUUUGAAACUGAACCUUUAUGUACAUAAAAUUUAUAAACCUAUUCAUGUUUUUUAAAAAAUAUAGUAAUUUAGACUUAUAAAUGAAU